GUGAAGCCGGGUCCUCUUCAGUGACUUCGGCAGGAGUCUUUGGUGAGCACACAAAGCGGGUGAGGAGCAGUCAUGGGAAUAGCGGUGGCUGUUGUAGCGUGCCUAUUGGCGGCGGUGCUUGCACAGGAGCAGCACCCUGUGGUGGAGAGGGAGCCAAUAUCACCUGUGGUGCUGAGGGAUCUGCCCCGCCCCUGGAUACUGGGAGAUCCGUCUCGUCCUUCUCUAGUAGUGAAGGGGGAGGUACCCCGUCCAUGGAUCCUGGGGGAUCUAUCUCGUCAUUCUCCCAUAGUGAAGGAGGAGAUGACCCGCCCUUGGGUCCUAGGGGACUUUUCUCGUCGUCCUCUAGUGCUGAAGGAGGAGAUACCUCGCCCUUGGAUCAUGGGAGACCUGUCCCGCUCUCAUAUAACGGAGAAGGUGGAGGAAAAUGACGUAAAUCGACCCUGGGUGCUGCGGGAGAUGUCUCGACACUACCACCCAUACCGUUACUACCCUUUCUACCCCUACCAAUAUAAACAGCUCCGCACCAAGCCCGAGGACGGCAAGGGGGUGGCGCUGCACCCCGGGGGCUCCACCUCUUACGUCUUCCCGCAAGUGCAUGGCGUAGGCAAACGAUCUGCUAAACCCACAGCCCAGGCAGCGGCAAACCCAGACUUUGCUUAUGGCUACCACACAGGCGACUACUUUCCCUACCGUCACUAUGGCUUAUAUAACUUCCCCUACCAAAACUACGUUUACCACCGUCAACUCAAUAAGCGAUCUGUCGGGCCACAGUACAGCUACAGCUACCCUAGCAAGCGCCCCCAGGAUGGCAACGUUGGCUACAACUUCAGAUGGUGACUUGGCUCAGGAGUGACGGGGAAGCUAUCAUCUACCCCGUCAGCCGUUUGCGUCACCGUUCCCAUCAACCGUCUACGUCCCCGUCUCCGUCAGCCGUCUGCUUUACCACCUCGCCGCACCGGAGUCUGAUAGGCCAACACUGCUCACAUUGGUUUUUCAGAUUCCAAACAUUUAUUCAAUACAGGACAAAGUAUACAAUAAAAAUACAUCAGUGUAAGAGUC